AUGAAUAUCUCUAAAGAAGUUGGCAUCAAAGCCUGCAGCAAUGCACAGUGGUUCAGCAGCUCAUGUGACCUGGAUGUAAAUAUUACUUCAACAAAUGGAACUCACACCCAUUUUCAGCUGCCCACCUUCUCCCCGGCCGCCAAGGCGCGAGUGAUCAUUACAUUUGUCAUUUUCACGCUGUCGGCCUCCUGCAACUUGGCUGCUCUUUGGGCAGCUGCACGGACAAGCAGAAAGAAAAGGUCACAUGUACGAAUCUUAAUCCUCAAUCUCACCACCGCCGACUUGCUGGUAACAUUCAUCGUGAUGCCGCUGGAUGCUAUUUGGAACAUCACAGUGCAAUGGCAUGCUGGAGACAUAGCCUGCAGAAUACUGAUGUUCCUAAAGCUUCUGUCUAUGUAUUCCUGUGCUUUUGUCACUGUGGUAAUCAGUGUGGACAGGCAGUCUGCCAUCCUCAACCCACUGGCCAUUAACGAUGCCAAGAAGAAGAACAAGAUCAUGUUGACAGUCGCAUGGUUAAUGAGCGUUGUGCUCUCUCUCCCACAGCUUUUUCUGUUUCAUACAGUUACGAUCACAGAGCCACGAAAUUUCACCCAGUGUACGACGUGGGGCAGCUUCCAGGAGCACUGGCAGGAGACCUUGUACAACAUGGUGAGCUUCGUGUGCUUGUUCCUGCUUCCUCUGCUCAUCAUGAUCUCCUGCUACUCACGGAUCCUACUGGAGAUAUCCAAGCGCAUGAGCAAGGGAACGCUAGUUUCCUCUAAGGAAGUUUACUUGCGACGCUCCAAAAACAACAUUCCAAAGGCACGAAUGAGGACUCUAAAGAUGAGUGUUGUCAUAGUCAGCUCCUUCAUCAUAUGCUGGACACCUUACUUUCUCCUGGGUUUGUGGUACUGGUUCUACCCAGAGACAAUGGAAGAGAAGGUGUCACAGUCCACCACACACAUCCUUUUCAUCUUUGGUCUGGUUAAUGCAUGCCUGGACCCUAUUACUUAUGGACUUUUCACCAUACACUUUCGGAAAAGUCUUCAGCGAUAUUGCGGAGGUGGAAGGACAUCAGACCCUGACACAAGCUCCUCAGUCACAGGGUCCUUUCGCUGUUCAAUGUCUUCAUUUCGUGCCAAAAAGAUGAUUGUCUUGAACCAGGAGCUACAAGUGCUACAGUCUUGCAAUGGUAAUUUAAACAACCCAGACUUCAGGUUGAAUGGCCUUGGCACUAGUUGCCUCUAA